AUGAACCCGCAUGCUCUUUUAAAUGCACAAUUAUUUUUAAAACAACAACAUCGAUUACAAAUAGGACAACUACAAAUAAGUGGUGUUAGACAAAAAAAAAAUAAACAAAAAUCUGUUUCUGCUUCUAAUAAUUCAAUGUUAGAAAUCAAAACAUCAGAUGGAAAUUCAUUAAUUUUUUUAGAUCCUGAAGAACCACAUGUUCAAUUCUUUGAUGUCAUCCAAGCAAAUAAUACAAGGUGGAAUAGCACUUUGUAUUGCUUUGAACGUUUAAUUUAUUUAAAAAAUGCAAUUCAAACACUCAUGACAACAUUAUCAAAUGAAUCAAAUUAUGCCAAUGUAAGGCGAAGAGGUGCACAUUUAUCAGAAUUAUAUCUGGAUGCAGAUGAGUGGGAAUUAAUCUCACAAUUGGUUAGAAUUUUAUAUCCUUAUGAAGUAGUAACAAAAUUAGUUAUACCCAAUCAAUUAUGA